UCAGUUAGACAUGUCUAAUGCAAACAAUAAAAUGAAUUAACUUUUUUUAAACUUGCAUGUUUUGAUACACAAUUAAGAAAACUAAAUAGAAAAUUUUAAGUAAAACUAAUCUCUCCUCCUGUCUUUCCCCCAAAAAUAUGGAACAUCGUUGAGCCUCGGUUUCGCGCAAGGCCAAGGUCAAUAAAACUGGCUCUGAAAAGUCUUUUCUCAGUUGCCCUCAAUAAACUUGUUUUCCCGUAUGCUCGGAGAGUGUCAGUCAAUUUUUGCAGCAAAAUGAGCGACUCGGAAGACGAGAGCAACUUACCAUCUGCCCAGGAAUGUGAUCGGCGUUCCAAGGAGUUUGCAGCUCUCACAAACACGGACACAGCGUUGGCGAUGUUUUAUCUUCAAGACAGGGACUGGGACUUGCAGAGAGCAGUGAAUGCUUUCUUUGAGGAGAAUGACUUUGAAGCAGCUGGUAGUAAGAGUACUGGAAGUUCGGCAUCUACUGUGAUGACACCACAGAGUCCAUCUCUUCCAAGCAUGGACCCUGAGCCUCACAGAAUAAGGAUCUUAUCUUGGAACAUUGAUGGACUGGACAUGGGAAAUAUCAGAACCAGGGCCAAAGCUGUCUGUGAAAAUAUUAUGAGGGAGACCCCCGAUGUAGUAUUCCUUCAAGAGUUUGUCACUGAAAUGUCAGACAUCUUUGACAAGCACUGUGGUCCCAGCUACGAACGGUUCCAAGCAGCCAGUGAUGCUUACUACACAGCCAUGUUGCUGAAGAAACAGACAGUAAAAUGUACAGAGACCAAAGUGGUUCCUUUCUACACUAGUAGGAUGGGGAGGGCACUGCAGAGUGCACAGGUAGAAGUGAAAGGCAUUCCAAUGACACUGAUCACCAGUCACCUGGAGUCCACCAAAGAACAUGCUGAAGAGAGAAAGAGACAACUUACUGCAGCUCUUAGGGCUGUCACUGAGGCGGAGGGCAGCAGGACUGUAGUGUUUGGUGGAGACUUGAACUUACGUGACCCAGAGCUUGCUGCCAUUGGAGGUCUCCCUGACAACAUAUAUGACCUCUGGGAGGUCACAGGAAAACGUAAAGAAGCCGCUUUCACCUGGGACCUUACACGCAAUGACAACUUGGAAUGGCAAGCACGCUUUAGACCAAAAUGUCGAUUUGACCGUUUGUACAUCAGACACAGCACUCCAAGGACGCAACUGAAGCCAGUUUACUUUGAGUUGACAGGACUUGAGAGAAUACCAGGAUGUAGGAGGUUCCCUAGCGACCACUGGGGUAUUCUGGCACACUUUGAUAAAGUGUAGUGACAGCUGGUUUCCUAGCAACCACUUGUUUUUUAGAGUUGGUUUCCUAGCAACUACUUAUUUUUCAGUGAAGGACAUACCGGUAACGUCAGCAGUGGAAAUCUGGUUUGUUUUACUUUGAUGCACUAGGUCUGAGAAAACAAAAACUUGUAAUUAAAGCUAGACGAUUACAGGGACCAAACAGCAAAGAAAUAUAAGAAAAUACUUUUGUAAAAAUAAGAAGUUCAAAGAAAUUCAGUAGCAUUUAGUAAGAUAGACGGCAUUUUUUUUUUUAUUAAACAAUUACUUCUGAAACAGCAAAAGGUAGAAGUAAAUGUAUAAAACA